AUGAGUUUCGUGAAAGUAAUCAAGAACAAGCAGUACUUUAAAAGGUACCAAGUCAAAUUCAAGAGGCACCGAGAAGGUAAAACUGACUACUACGCCCGCAAACGCCUCGUUGUUCAGGACAAGAACAAAUAUAAUAUACCCAAGUAUCGUCUUAUUGUACGUCUAUCCAACAAAGAUGUUACAUGUCAAGUUGCCUAUUCACGUAUUGAAGGUGAUCACAUUGUUUGUGCAGCAUACUCACAUGAACUUCCUCAGUAUGGUGUGAAAGUAGGUCUUACUAACUAUGCUGCCGCAUACUGUACUGGAUUACUGCUGGCCAGACGCUUGACUCUCUUUAUACUGGUGCAACUGAAGUGA